AUGUCUUCGUUUCCGAGUUCCGAAGAACGAAGAGUUGCAUCGUCUCUGCUUCUUCUUCACACUACACCAUCUUCCACACUUUCUACACCAAAGUUUCACUCUGAUUCCAGCGAUCCAGAGAGAAGCAGCAGCAAGAGUUUCAGAGAAAUCUCAGUUUCUGAUAAAUCUUCAUCUUCUUCGCUCACCAACGACGAAGAUGAUUCCUCGGAGGAAGAGAUCAAAUCUCGUAGCGUAUCGUUCUCUGCCAUCACGCGUUACCAUCAGAUGAAGCUCAAGAUUGCGAGGAAGAACCGGUCGAAGGUCACGUGGACCUCGUCGUGCUCCGGCGACCGGAAACUGAACGCCGGCGAGGCGGCGAAGGUGCUGUCUCCGGUUUCGGUCUCCGGCGAUGCCUCGUCCUGUUUGUCGAGCAGCUCGAGCGGGAUCUCCAGCGCGCGAAGCUUGCGCUACGCAAACAGAUGCAGAGGCGCGACUGCGAGUGUGACCGGGAUCGAACGCGAGACGGCGGCGCCGUCACGUCGCGCCGCCGGUUCGCCGCACCUGCGCCGUCGCGGCGAAGCAAUAUUGAAGUUGCUCUCUUGCGGUGGCUCCUCUGAAGUGAAGAUCCGUCAAAUGCUUGGUGACAGCCCUGACACUAGCAAAGCUCUACGAAUGUUGCUGAGGGUGGAUGCCGUAAAAAGAUCAGGCUCGGGCGGGCGUCAUGAUCCCUAUGUUUACACGAUAACUGGAUGA